AUGGGAAAGGAAGGGCACAAUGCUAGGACAUGCAAGAAUGAAAAAGUUGUGCCCCCUCCUAAGGAAAAGAAGCCUCCUGGUAGGCCUAAAAAACCACAUUCUGAUGAAGCACCUUCAAAACGACCAACUACAAGUGGUGGGAGAGGAGGAAGAAGACCAACUAGGGAAAGAGGUGGAAGAGGAUCAUCUGUAGGGCUGAAAUGGAAAGGGGGGGCAAGUUCACAUAUGAUGCAAUUUCCUGAAUCACAAUUUGAUGAAGGAGUUCCUAUAACUCAAGAUGAUGGAGUGCCUGAAACUCAAUUUGAUGUUGAAAAUGCUAAUUGGGAAGAUCAAUCUCAUGUGGUUGGCGGGAUAGCAAUUAAUGUACCUAUUAUCUGUGAAAAGUUCAAUCCAAGAAAGCCAUCUGGAUGA